AUACAAUAGCGCUGUUCUGGCGUUUCGUUGUUUUUUUUUUUAUUUAUUUUAUUUUUUUCACGAUGUUUUGGGUUUUACAUAUUUUUCAAUGACACGUUUAUUGUGUUGUACUCGCCGAACACAGGACCGUAUUAUUGCGGCAGUGUCUCUACAGGCCGCCAGAACUGCGGGCGUCACGAUAUAAAUUUCCAAUUAACCGUCGUUGUUCGUGCUCCGACCGCCGACUGAGCCGAGUGCGAAGACGACGACGUGACCGCCGACGAAGCCAAGUAGAGUAGAAGACGUAUCCGCCGCCGCCGCCGCCGCCGCGUAUAGAUGAUAGCCGGUGUACCACCUUCGCAGCUAUUCCGUUUCGCCAGAGCGCCGCACGAUUGUCAGUCGUAACAACAACAGCAAUUAUUAUUGUUGUAGCAUAUUGUACGCUGUUAUAUCCGGCGGGUCGGAAAUCGCAGCGACGCCUCCAACAUGAGUGGACAUUGGAUUUUCGUCCUUUUGUGCUUGUCAUUUGUCGGACAGCUAGUGCUGGGCAGUUUGUUUCCUCCAAUUCCUCCGAACUCUCAAAAUCCACCACAAUCAGACGCCGUGCCUGCACAACCAGAAGUCAAUUGGCCAUUAAGCAAUUUAGCCACACCUGAAGUGAUCGUCAUCAGAGAAGCAGCCACGCUUAAUACCAGAGGUCUCCACGCAGAACAAACUAGAGACAACCCACUGGAAACCAGUCUAAAAGCUGAAGAAAUAUUACCAAAAGUUAUUGUUACUGGCACUGAACAAAAAGCAGUCGAGGAAAUUGAAACCAGAAAUAAUGCCGAAAUGGAAACUAAAAACUUAUAUUCGACCAACAAUGGAUAACACUGAAUUUGAUCACAUUAAACAUAAUGUACAAUUUUUUCAAAUUAUAAAUAUCAAUCAUUACAUAAAAAUUAAAAUUGAAGAGUGAAAAUAUAUACUAAAUUACCUGAAA